AGCAGCGUUUCUCUCAGGCUGUAGCUUCGUCCCUGUCGUCGACUCUGAGGAGUCCUACAGGCGCCAGAGACAACGACUCGGAGCCUUGAGACGAGUGAAGUAAAAGGUGAAGAUGACUCAGGCGGAGAAGGAGCAGGACAACGGGAAGGAGAAAGAGAAGGAGCGAGAGAAGGAGAAAGAGAAGGAGCAGCAGCGCGGGGUGAAGAGACCCAUCGCUCCUCCGGUCAUCUCGGAGCCCCUGCAGGAGCAAAUACAAAGCAACUUUAUAGUUGUCAUCCACCCUGGUUCAAGGACACUCCGUAUCGGCCGAGCAACAGACAAUCUUCCAGUGCUGGUCCCACAUGUGAUAGCACGCAGGCACAAGCAAAGUGGACAGCCCCGGUACGAAGACGCCUGGCUGCUGCGAGAUGGUCUCAAUAAACCAGAGAGUAAAGAGCAGAGGCAGAACGGACUUAAAAUGGUCGAACAGGCCAUCUGGUCAAAGAAGAUGUCAAAUGGAGUGCGGAGAACUCCCGUGUCUGCUGAACAGGCCAAAGCGUAUAAUUGUCAGAUCCGUCCGGCGGUACUUGACAGCAGCUCCAGAGUGAAGUGGACCAACACAGCCCACCAUCCUCCUCAUCUGGUGGGAGAGGAGGCUCUCAAUGUGAAUCCAUCCGAUUGUUACAACAUCCACUGGCCUGUAGUCAGAGGUCAGCUCAAUGUGCACCCGGGUCCUGGAGGCUCACUGACUGCCGUCCUGUCUGACCUCGAGACGAUCUGGAGUCAUGCCAUUCAGAAGAGUCUUGAGAUCCCCCUCAAAGAUUUAAAGUAUUACAGAUGCAUCCUAUUGGUCCCUGACAUCUACAACAGGCAGCACAUCAAGGAAGUUGUCAACAUGCUGCUGCUUAAUAUGGGCUUCUCAGCAAUCAUUGUGCACCAGGAGUCGGUCUGUGCUACAUUCGGCAGUGGGUUAAGCAGUGCGUGUGUCGUGGAUGUAGGAGACCAGAAGACCAGUCUCUGUUGUGUAGAGGACGGAGUGUCUCACCGGAACUCCAGGUUGGGUUUAGCGUACGGUGGCUCGGACGUGACCCGUACUUUCUUCUGGCUCCUGCAGAGGGCGGGGUUUCCCUACAGGGACUGUCAGCUGGGCAGCAGACUGGACACUCAGCUACUGCAACAGCUCAAAGAGACGUUCUGCCAUCUAAACCAAGACAUUUCAGGACUACAAGAUCAUGAAUUCCAGACACGUUUCCCAGAAGCCCCGGCUCUACUCUACCAGGUUCGACUAGGAGAUGAGAAAUUACAGGCACCCAUGGGACUUUUCUACCCAACCACAUUUGGCAUCGUAGGUCAAAAGAUGUCAUCACUCCAGUACCGUUCCCCAGGCGACUCGGAGGACCCUCAUGAUGAACACUACCUGCUGGCCACACAGAGCAAACAGGACCAGUCCUCCAAAUCGGCUGCAGACCGGAAGGCUAUCUCCAGACCUGGUGGAGCUUUGGAUGGUGAGAUGAGCAAUCAAGGAGGGAUCGGAGAGCUGUCUGACUUGCCCAGGGGCUGCGGGAGUGGUGGCAGUGGAGUAGGGAUGCAAGGGGAGAUGGAGCUUGGGCCUACCCAGGGGGAGUGCCUGAUGGCGGCGGGAGACGUAGAUGAGCCCCUGUCUGCUCACCUCUCCAGGAAGACUGCGAUCAUGAACCAGUUUGAGAGCAAAGCACUGGGCCUGGAUAAAGCCAUCCUGCAUAGCAUCGACUGCUGUGCCUCAGACGAAACCAAGCGUAAGAUGUACAGCUCCAUCCUGGUAGUGGGAGGUGGGCUCAUGUUUCUCGGAGCUCAGGAAUUUCUGCUGCACCGCAUCAUCAACAAGAUGCCGCCCUCGUUCAGAAGGCUGGUAGACAAUGUGGAAGUUAUCACUCGACCAAAGGACAUGGACCCUCGUCUGAUAUCGUGGAAGGGGGGAUCCGUGCUGGCGUGUUUAGACACCACCCAAGAGAUGUGGAUCCACCAGAGGGAGUGGCAGCGCUUCGGUGUGCGAAUGCUCCGAGAAAGAGCUGCCUUCGUCUGGUGAAACAGAACCAAACUCAGAAGCUCCUUAAAGAAACAAAGCAACACAUCAAGACUUUUGUCACACAAUGUUACAAUUCUCAAUCAGUUGAUAAAACUCUUGAUCAGACCAUGGGUGUUUUGCCAGAAGCUUAAGUUAAAAUCAAUGUUACAGCCCUGUGAAUAAUGGGGAGGUGUCAUUUUUCUGAUCCCACCAGAACAAUUAUUUUUUGUUGUGGUUGUCACGUUUGCAGCUUCUUGCUCUGAAAGCCCAGCGGUUGCGAUUUUCUUGAAUGUUUGAACAACCUUUAAUAUGAGAGUGCUCACUUUUUACAAUUCUGUAAAUAUUACUGUGAUUCUCCCAUAUGGAAACCUAGAGCUGUGUUAAUAAACCUGUCAUACUUGGUUACUCA